GAAGAAGAAGAAGAAGAGGACACUUUUGAAGGAGAAGAGGAAGAAGAGGAGGAAGAAGAAGAGUCAUUGGAGAAGAAGCAGAAAGGCAAAGCUACAAGUAGUAGCAGUAGUAGUGUUGUUUGUCAAGUGGAGAGAUGUACUGCUGAUAUGAGCAGAGCCAAACACUACCACAAACGACACAAAGUCUGCGAGUUCCAUGCCAAAGCUCCUCUUGUUCGGGUCUCUGGUCUUCACCAACGUUUCUGCCAACAAUGUAGCAGGUUUCACGAGCUCGGAGAGUUUGAUGAAGCCAAGCGGAGUUGCAGGAGACGCUUAGCUGGACACAAUGAGCGAAGGCGGAAAACCGCAAAUGAAUAA